AUGGAGAGAAUGAUUCACAUCUCGCGCAUCCUCUCCAGCCUUCUUGUGUAUUUGAUGAUUUCAGCCUCAUUCCCACCAAGCACCCAAGCAUCGUCCCUCAUCCAAAGAGCCGCACCCGUUGCCCCCGACGGCUACACCCCAGCGCGCGUCUCAUGCCCAGCAAACCGGCCCUCCAUCCGCGCAGCAACGGGCCUCUCGCGCAACGAAACAGACUGGCUCCCCCUCCGCACAAACAACACCGUCCAGGCCCUCAAAGACGUCCUCAGCCGGGCCAACAUCAGCGGCCUCGACACGGGGCGCUACAUUGACAAUCUCACCAAUGUCGGGACCGGCCUUCCAAGGGUCGCCAUCGCCAUCUCGGGAGGAGGAUACCGGGCGUUGAUGACGGGGGCGGGCGCUCUGGCGGCGUUUGACAACAGAUCGACGAAUGCGACGGAGACGGGACACCUCGGGGGACUUUUGCAGUCGGCAACGUAUCUCGCAGGGUUGUCGGGGGGGAGCUGGCUUGUGGGGAGUCUUUAUGUGCAGAACUUCACGUCGGUCGAGUCCAUCAUCCGCUCUACGCACGGCUUCUUGAGCACUCUCUGGCAGUUUGACAACUCCAUCCUCCAUGGGCCCUCUGAUCUGUCCAUUACCAGUUACUUCGAAGAGGUGUUUGACGCCGUCGAGGGCAAAAGCAAUGCUGGCUUCAACAUCUCCAUUACAGACUAUUGGGGCAGAGCCCUGUCUUAUCAGCUCGUCGACCCGCGUAACGGAGGACCUGCAUUUACCUUCUCAUCGAUAUCGAAUGAUACAGACUUUGUGAAUGCUUCGGCUCCCAUGCCACUCAUCGUAUCCAUUGAGAGGACAUCGGGACAGCUUCAGAUUGCCAGCAACUCAACAAUAUUCGAGUUCAACCCCUGGGAAAUGGGCUCGUACGAUCCAGGCCUGGAAGCCUUUGCGCCGCUCCAAUUUGUCGGCUCCAACUUCACCAAUGGCUCCAUCCCCCGUGAGGGAGAGUGCAUCGCCGGUGUUGACAACGCCGGCUUCGUAAUGGGCAGCUCGUCUUCUCUGUUUAACCAGGCAUUCUUACAGAUUGGACGCGUCGAGGGCAUCCCGGAGUUUGUGAUCCAGACCAUCAACAGAUCGCUGGCAGACGUGAGCUCGGAAAACAGAGACAUUGCAAGCUGGCCGAAUCCCUUCUUUGGGUACAACGCCAGCGUGAAUUCGAACGCAAACUCCACCGUUCUGGCUCUCGUGGAUGGUGGCGAGGAUCUGCAGAACAUUCCUCUGCACCCACUGCUUCUGGCCGAGAGAGAGGUCGACGUUGUCUUCGCCAUCGACGCCUCUGCGGAUACGGAAACGCUGUGGCCAAACGGCACCUCCUUGGUGGCCACGUUCAACCGGUCAGAGGCCAGGGUGUCGGCAAAUGACAGCAGGUUCCCAGAUGUUCCCGAUCAAAACACGUUUGUCAAUCUCGGCCUGAACCAGCGCCCGACCUUUUUCGGCUGCAGCAACGGAAGCGACACUCCCUCGGGGCCGCUCAUCGUGUACAUGCCCAACGCCCCCUAUUCGUUCCACUCCAACGUGUCGACCUUUGACCUGGAAUACAGCGACGCGCAGCGCAACGAUAUGAUACAGAACGGAUACAACACGGCGACCAUGGGCAACGGCACCGUGGACUCGAACUGGCCGGCGUGCGUUGCCUGCGCGAUCCUCUCACGGAGCCUCGUCCGGACGAGGACGGCUGUUCCCGCAAAGUGCAGGGACUGCUUUGCGAGGUAUUGCUGGAAUGGGACGACGAAUUCCAGCUUGCCGCAUACGUAUGAGCCUGCGCAGAUUCUGGAGGGCACGGCGGAGGAGGCGGCUUCUUCGGCGGGGAGGAUAGGGGGGACGUUGCUGUUGGUUGUCGUUGCGUUGAUGGUGGCUCUUUGA